CCGCGGCCUCAGGGUGCGAGCGUCGGUUGCUAGGAGACGGUGUACACCAACAUGGCGUCCUGACUGUGUGCUGCUCUCCAGGUGCCAGAGGCGCCCCCGGCGCUCACCCUCCCGUCACCAUGCACAGAUAUAAAAUAAUAAGUAAGAUAGGAGAAGGCACGUUUUCAGAAGUGGUGAAGACGCAAAGUCUCAAAGAUGGAAAUUACUAUGCGUGCAAGAAAAUGAAGCAGCAUUUUAAAAGCGCCGAGCAGGUGAAUAAUCUGAGAGAAAUACAAGCAUUACGGCGGCUGAGCCCACAUCCCAAUAUCCUCAUGUUACAUGAAGUGCUGUUUGACAGAAAGUCAGGCGGCCUCGCAUUAAUCUGUGAAUUAAUGGAUAUGAACAUUUACGAGCUGAUAAGAGAGAGAAGACAACCACUGUCUGACAGUAAGGUCAGGAACUACGUGUACCAGCUCUGCAAGUCCCUAGAGCACAUGCACAGAAAUGGGAUCUUUCACCGCGAUGUGAAGCCAGAAAAUAUUCUAGUAAAGCAAGAUGUCCUAAAACUGGCAGACUUUGGAUCGUGCCGGAGUGUUUUCUCCAAGCAACCAUACACAGAAUAUAUUUCAACCCGUUGGUACCGUGCCCCUGAGUGCCUCCUGACUGAUGGCUAUUAUACCUGCAAGAUGGACAUCUGGAGUGCGGGCUGUGUCUUCUUUGAAAUCUGCAGUCUCCGUCCGCUCUUUCCUGGUUUAAACGAACUAGACCAAAUAUCCAAAAUCCACGAUGUUCUCGGCACGCCAAAUUCAGCAGUACUGAGGAAGUUUAAACAGUCAAGGGCAAUGAGUUUUGAUUUCCCAUCCAAGAAAGGUAUCGGUAUAAAUCGGCUGCUACCUGGUAUCACCCCAGAACGUGCAUCUCUCAUGUCCGCCAUGUUGGAAUAUGACCCCGAUGAGAGAUUUAGUGCCGUGGAGGUACUUCAGCAUCCGUACUUUGCAGAACCCAGGAUAAUAGAGACGCACAGUCUGCCGCGGAAGAUGGGGAUAGCAGACAAGAUAAACACUGCGGCUUCCAUGAACUACUUGCUGCGGAUCACAGGACAGGAGCGAAGGCAGGCCAAUUCAAGAGCAGACCGUCCCUUCCCCCUCCAAGGACCCACAUUCCCGGUGGAGCUGCCAAAACUAAGUGUACCACUGAUAAAGAAGGCUGUGCCUUAUCCCACACUAACGUUUCAGUCCGUUUUCCCUACGCUUGGAAACCAUGGAAAACUUCCCGUAAUCCCAAUUAUGAAAUACACAGACACCAAGUAUGAACACUACCAGCCUGGGAAAUCAACGCUGAAGCCGUAUAACUUACCUUCCAUAGAAAGAAAAGGAAGAGGACGGCAACUUUGACCUAUUAGACUGAUUUCUUAUGCAAUAACUGUGCAGUAUCACAGGAACAGCUGCCACCAUUACCCUUCAUCCCACACACAAUUCCUUGUGUCCACUUACUGUGCAGGACGGAAAACAUUCAGCAGAUUUUCAUCCAAACUUUAAUUAUAGACGUGUAUUUAAUUCUGUACCAAUCUUUGCGUUGCAGUCCAUGAUCCCUUUUGUACAGGUAUUUUUGUAAUCAUUGAAUUGUUAUGUUUUAUAUUAAAUAUAGAAGUAUA